CAAUCUCAAUCUCCCACUGCCCAACUAUUUAAGCAGGCAAGGUAGCCAUGCUCAUCCUUUUACCCCUCUCUUUCUCCUUUACUCAGAAAGGAAUCGAGUUCCCAAAAUUUCUUCAAACUGCCGUGGUCGUCGGCCUAUCUGUCGCCGCAGGCCACCGGUCGUCGUAUCCUCGCGCCACCAGACUCUUCCAGAGCCGAUCGUAUUGAAAAUCCCACCGGGCACACAGGAACUGAAGUGGACCUAGAAGGCUACGCUGAAGCUUCAGAAGGCCACGUUCCACAAGGCAAGCCACAGUUCCAAUCUUUGAUCAUAUUGAUACCUAGUAGAGAACCACUUAGUUAUUUUCUGCAUUGAGUAUUUAUAAAAUUAUUUUGCGUAUGAAUUAUUUUUGAAUAAACUUGUUAGUUUAGUUAUUACCCAUUAUUACAUUGUUAUUAUUGGCCAAAUCCAUGGAUUGCUAUAUCACGUCCUUUGAUAACCUAGGUGUAGAUUUAUAUACUUCACAAUAAUAUUCUAGUGGAUAAGACCACCAAAUAUCUAUACUCAUAUACAUGGUUUACCCGUCAUCACGUGGUGGCGUGUCGGGUGAUAUAAAAUGUGUUAUUUGAUAUGAGUCACUCGCCUGGAGUGAUAUGGAAGAUUAAUUCCGGGUGAAGAUGGAUGUUGUGGUGUCUGAGGCCGUGCAUAUUGUUAUAUUUUUUUUGUGGAAAGUGUAUAUUUACACUUGAAGUAUGCACGGGCCUAUGCUAGUUUUGGUGGCUUUCCCCGGAUAUAAGGACUACCCCCUUAUGCCAUGAAAAAUGAUGUAAUUUGCGCCCAUAUACAUGACUGAGUAAUCAGACUUAGCCUAGUACAUUUGUCCCACUAUAUGAAAUACUGUAGGGUGGCUCUAUGAGCAGGUUUGGGGUGGACAUGUGGAAGGGGCUUCGGCCAGGUUGACAUGAUCCGCAAUGGUGGAACCCGUGAAAGCAGCGACCGUCUAGCCUUGCUUAGGCCCAGCAAGUGCCCGACUACUAGGACGGAUCAAUAUUCCACUGGGCAGUAACCAGUAGUAAGUGGGACUCUCGAACGGCUAUGUUGCCCUCAGCCUAGCUAGCUGUUGACAUCAGGUGGGUAAAGCUGGGCAGUCUCUGCAGAGAUGAGUCUUAAAUCAUUCGAAUGUGCCGUGCUUCCGGUUAAGAAGCUAUGUCAUUGGGUGAUUCCUAUUUAUCAUGGUAUGAGUAGAUUUUAAAUUAAAAUAUGGAAUAUGAUAAAGAUGAGGAUGAAUGGUGAUUAAUAUUGCUAUUAUUUUAAAAUGAUGAUUUACAAUUGUUUGCAAAUGAAAUAUUUUACAAAGUAGGGAAAAACUAUUUAUAAUAGGCUUGUUAUGAAACCUCCUUGAUGACUAUAUUCUUUGUACGCCUUGCAUAUAUUCUAUUUGUAUUAUUAUGGGUGUGGCUUGCUGGGUACCUCGGUACUCACCUCUUGCAUAAAAUGUGGUUCAGACGAUCAGUUCUUCCCUGAGGAGGCGCAGGAAGGGGAAGAAUUCUAUGGUGCUGACGAGUUCUUGUUCUAGGUCGAUUUGCUCUCAGGCAUUGCCUGUGGUGUUUUUAUCCUAUUUUGUGUUUGGGUCUUUUGUUUGUAGGGAGUGUGUUUGGCUUGUCGGCCCCUAAAACCUGUCUUAGUUAUCUUUUAUGUAAUAAUUUCUGUAAAAACUUGGGUAUAUGUAUCGAAAGCUGUUCUGUAUAUCAAUCUGUGCGCGAUCGAAAUCUUGGACGGUCGCGGGUGGUUUCGGGAUACCAUACUCAAACCGGGUAUCCCCACACUACGUCCCAAUGAAUGAGACUUGCCACGACAAAGCCUUUCAAUAACCUCACUUUGGCAGUACUCGCUCCAUGAACUUUAGUCCUCAUGCACUCUAGGCGUCCAAGGUUUCUAGCACUGAGAGGAGUUCUGGCGCUCCCCAGGGGGAAAGAUUCACACAUUCAUUAAGUUAUAGUUAAGUUUAGGUUUGCACAUGGCAGUCCUACCGAUGGUGACACCACUGUAGGCACCCGCCCCUCGCGGUCCUACCAAUGGUUGCCCCACCGUAGGCCCUGCCUCACACACAACAAGAAAACCACUACGGCUUGGGUACCGCCUCCGCUCGGCUCUUUACUCCGCUAGGUCUAUACCCACACGAGAAGUACGGUUGUACGGGGGUCGUUUCAUGCUUAACUUCAUGGCUCGGUCCUUAAUUGACCAGGGACGGCACUAGCCUUUACCGGACACCACCCAAGUCCUCCAGCCGCCCCAGUCGAAAACAGUUGUUUAGUUUAAUUUUUCCUUUCACAAAUCAUGUGGCGCUCAUGUCUCCACAUGUCGUAUCUCAACUACCUUCCCUAGGGUAGUUGCCCAAGCAUAUAGCAUUUGAUAAAUAUGAGAAUGCAUGAUUCUAAAGUAGCACUACUAAGCUUUUGUCAUAAUUGACUAAGGACUCAUAUGUAAUCAUGGGUACAAGAAAAUAAUGAGAUAAGCAAUAAUCAAAGGCAAGGCAUAAUAACAAGUAGGAUAUUCAUCAUUGCAUGCAAUUUUAUUUGUAAACAAAGCAAUUUCGCAAUUAGGAUCAACAUGCUCAAGGGAUGGGGUGAUGACUUGCCUGCUCAGGACAAUCCUUAUUCUUGAUAUAAUCUUGAUCAACCUUCACCUCCUGGAAGCUGCAUACGCUGCCUCACGACUAACCGAUAUACAGAUUCUAUAAUACGCGUGAAGAACCAAUAUUCAAACAACAAUCAAAUAUGCACAAACAAAAUAUAAUUGUCGGGGUCGAACCUAGGGCUGUUCAUACUACUCGUGUUUGCAAACGGAUAAUCUCAUAAUCAUUCUUAUUGUCAUGGCGGCUUAUUUAGGAGCUAAUUAUCAUAAUAUAAAUGGGAUACACAUUUCGUUAAUUCGGAGUUGAUCUAUCUAUUGAGUUAUAGAAGGGAUAUGACCACAUAUAUAUGCUUCUAAUUAGUUUACAUGGGUUUUACAGUGAUAAAGCAUGUUAAAGAGAAUUAUUCUUCUACCUAGUUUACUGUACAGUACCAAUUUUAUUUAUUAGUACAUUUUUAGGUCAACCAUAAUCUAAUCAUUUGAUAUUAAUUAUGUAACAAUUAUAAAUAUAUUUUAUUAAACAGUUAAUUAUAUACCAUUGGAAAGCUUAUGAAUUUAGAUGAAUUUUAGGUUCAAGUUUCAUUCAAAUUGGAGUUAAAAUGAGUAAGUUAUGCUAGUUUAAAUAUCCAAAUUUGAAUAAUAGCAAAACAAUACUGUUCAUUACCGAUUUAUUUUUAUUCCGAAAUCCAUCUCAUUCCUAAUAGCGGCUGACAGGUGGGGCUCCAGGGUUCUAUUUGCUUUUCACCGUAUUAUUUUUCUUAGGGAAAAACAGGAGGUGGGCCCAUCCUGUCAUCGGCUCGGCUGAGGGAGGUCGUCUUCAACCUCCAGCCGGGCAGAGGCAGCGCGCAUGGCGCGGCUGGGCGCAGCCGGGAUGGUGCGAGGCCGGCACGGAAGCGGCCGGAAAGAUGUGGCGAGGCUCCGGCGACCUCCCGCCGGUGGCGACGGCUCGCCUUCCUCACCGCUCGCGUGCUGCGCGCCUUCGUCGACGCCCGCAACCGCGAGUAGUUCCUGCCGAGCAACCGGUCUUUCCGCCACCUCGAAGUGACCUUGAGCCCCCCGACUGGUUUGAAUCCCAGUCAGAGAGAGAGUCUGCUGGAGUAUUCGGUGACGAGGAGGCAAAAAAUCUCCCAAAGCGAAGAUGAAGCGAGUGACUCACGAAGUUGAUUCCAUCGCACUUUUCGACAGGAAACUCGACGUCACCCCUACCUGGCGUGCCAACUGUCAAAACAUGAAUUCGGCAAUAAUAAAAGGGGGUAGCGCACGAGACCUAAGAGUGGAUGGAUGCGGAGACAAAGGAUUUAGACAGGUUCAGGCCCUCUCAAUAAGAGGAGCUUUUCUUUGUCAAUGAACUUAAUGGCAGUCGACUUUUCGUUGGAUAAUUGAGAGAGGACUACCAGAUUGUGCAAAUUGUCAACUAGGAUUACUAUAUUUAAGCUCAGAGUGUAUCAACUGUUGAAGCAAUGGUGCUAGGCCUCCGAACCAAGACGAGGAAGGAUGCAUCCUUCCAUGUAGACUUCAAUAUCUUCAUUCAAGAAAUCAGCCCAUGGCCCCCUUCUGAGUCCCUCAAGUCUUUGAAAUCUGUGGUCCUCUUUUGGGAAAAUGGCGAGCGCAAUUCGGGGAAGACCAAUGCUGUUGCGCCUUCAAUUGGAUCAGGUACCACAGUAGGGAAGGUUGAAUUUAAUGAGUUCAUCAACCUACAGGCUGUUUUUCAGAAGGAGGGGUCAUCCAAGAGUGGGAAAUGGCAGAAGAACCUGCUUGAGCUGAAUCUGUAUGAACCAAGGAGGGAUAAGCUGAAAGGGCAGCAUUUAGGGACUGCGACACUGGACUUGGCGGAGCAUGCGAUGUUUCACGAGGACACGAGUGUUCCCGUGCCGCUCAACUCCAAGAGGAGCUUGAGAAACAAUGUGCAGCCGAUGGUUUAUCUUCGAAUUCAGCCUUUGGAUGGUGAUAACUCGAGCGUUUCCUCUAGAGAUGCAUUGUCAAAGGAGGCAUCAGUGGACAGGGAUUCAAAAGAAUUGAUGUCGGAGUACACUGAGGAUACUGAGUUUGCUUCAUUUACUGAUGAUGAGGAGGAGGAAGCUCCAUACCCUUACCGCUCAGAUGGGAACUUGCGUGCAGGUAGUAAUAGAUCUCAGGAGUCUCUCAAGGGGAAGGAUGUAAGAACAGUUGGUAAUGAAGGCUCUAGAUCACCAUUUGAUUCCCAGCGUGAAAUGCCAUCUUCCAGUACAAAAGUGAGGAGCGAAGAAGUUGAAAAGUAUCCAAUUCAAGUCCAAAAGGCAAAUGGCCAUCCAGGGAAUCUGUCUCUUUUAUCAGAUUUGCCUGGUGAACAAACUCCAUCUUUUCCAGCACAAAAUGCUCUCAGAGCUGGUCGUAAAAUGUCAUUUGCUUAUGGUAUGAGUGAUUCCAACCAAAGAAACUUUGGGGAGAGAACAUAUAGCACUUUAACUAGUGAUAGAGCAAAGAAUAUGAGGUACAGUAUGAGAGUUCCGGAUUUUAGUGGUAGUGUCAUUAAUAAGAAAGUUGAUUCCCAGAAGGAAGAAGUGAAAGAAGUUGACUCCCAAGAUAUUGCGGUCUCUAAUGAUACUAGGACUGAUACCUAUGAUGGAGCACAAGCUCAGGUGCCAAUACGCAUAUCAAAUAAUCGUAACGACACCAAAGUUCGAGAACUAGAACUUAGGGUUGAGUUGCUUGAAGCAGAGUUGCGAGAAACUGCUGCUGCCGAGAUAGGCCUUUAUUCGGUGAUCGCUGAACAUGGUAGCUCAUCAAACAAGGUACACACACCAGCACGAAGACUCUCUAGGCAUUUCAUUCAUGCGCUUAAAAACUGGUCUAGAGACAAGAUGGGGAGUGCAGCAAGAAGUGCUUCCUCUGGUUUGGUUCUGGUUGCAAAAGCUUGUGGAUAUGAUGUUGCAAGGUUGAGUUUCUGGCUAUCAAACUGUGUGGUGUUGCGAGCAAUUGUUUCUGAAACUUCUAAACAAUCGAACAGCAAUGCUAUCAAUAAUGGUUCCAAAACAGGACCAAGGAGGAAUUCUGCGUCAAUGUGGGAAUCGCUUAACCGGAAGAAAGGAAAAUUGCUUUCCCCUGAGUUUGAUAACUGGGAAGAUGUUGACACAUUUAUAGCCGCACUUAAGAAGAUUGAAUCAUGGAUAUUCUCAAGAAUUGUCGAAUCCAUUUGGUGGCAGGCAUUCACACCACAUAUGCAAUCUGCUAAUAUAAGCAGUGAACCGAUGCCUAGUUCAAAUGCAAAGAAAUGUUAUGGAAGGAUUACUGUUGUGGGCAAUCAGCAACAAGCAACCUUAUCAAUUGACAUAUGGAAGAAGGCUUUCAAGGAAGCAUCUGAAAAGCUUUGCCCAGUAAGAGCAGCUGGACAUGAGUGUGGAUGUCUCCCUUUGUUGGCCAAAUUGGUGAUGGAGCAAUGCAUAGCUAGAUUGGAUGUAGCAAUGUUCAAUGCUAUUUUGAGGGAAUCAGAUGAUGAGAUUCCAACCGAUCCCAUGUCUGACCCAAUAACUGAUCCUAAGGUCCUUCCUGUACCAUCUGGGAAAUUUAGUUUUGGUGCUGGGGUCCAACUGAAAAAUGCUAUUGGCAGCUGGUCCAGAUGUCUUAGUGACUCGUUUGGUAUGGAUAUGGAUGACUAUCCAGAAGUUGAGAGUGGGGAUGGUGACAAUGGUGCUGCCGAACUCCGCAAACCAUUUUAUCUCCUAAAUGCAUUGAGUGAUCUCCUAAUGAUCCCUAAGGAUGUGCUCAUGGAAACCAGUACUAGGAAAGAGCUUUGUCCUACCUUCAGCUCAUCAAUCAUCAAGAGAAUCCUUGAUGGCUUUGUGCCAGAUGAUUUUUGCCCAGAUCCAGUUCAACAUUCCUUGCUUGAAGCACUGGAGUCAGAGGAUCAUUUGGAGGGUAACACCAAGGGCAUCCGAGCGGUCCCGUGCAGCGCGUCACCCAUCCUAUACCCAUACCCGGCAUCCGGAGCAAUCCUAAGCAUGAUCGGCGACCCCAGGAAGAGCGGGUCGGCCAUCCUCCGCAAGUCCAACACGAGCGACGACGAGCUGGAUGAGCUGAGCUCGCCAUUGACCUUCAUCUCCAAGGCUUCGUCGAACCCGCUCGCGAAGCUGAAGCAGAUUGGGAACCCAAACAGUGCCAGGUACAGGCUCCUCCAUGAGGUUUGGAAGCUGGAUGACCAGUAGUGACCAGUGAGGGUGUGUCCUAAGCAUCAGUGAUGCUUUGCUUCUCUACUGUACAUACACAAGCAAUCUCUUUCUGAUAGUCUCCAGGUAAUUUCCAGCUCUCUUCGGAAGCAAGAACAGAAGAAGAAAUUUCAAGGGUUGGGUUAAAAGUAAUAUUUUUGGUGCUUCCAUGUAUGUAAGAAUGCUGUAUAACUUGCAUCUUGCUCCAAUGUGUUACCAGCUCCCUAGAUUUCCCAUGAAUUUCAGUCACACUAUUACCAGGCAGAAGUGUAAAUUCAGCAAAAUCUCAGCCGUUCAUCUUGUAAUCCAUUGGUCGAAAUGAUGUAGUCAGCUACUUAGUCCAA